CGGAGCUCCCGCUCCCCCCUCGCGGGGCUCCGUCAGCGACACCGCCUCAUUAACUAAUUAAUUCAUUAACGGCGCCCGCCGCCGCUCCCAGGGCGCCGCUGGGAAAAGCCAGGCCGGCACUUUUCCCGAAAUUCCCAAAAAAAAAAUAAUAAUAAAAAAUCAAAUAUCCCAGGCUGGGCAGGAGGUGGAAAAUCCCGGCAGGGAGGAGAAGAUGGCGUGGGAUCCCGGCUGGGAAUUUUUGGGAUUUUCCUGCCUCGUCCUGCUCCCAUCCCGACUUUCCCUGGCGCAGCUGAUCGAGGCCACCACGGCCCCUCCGAAGAAAAAGCCGGAUCCGGUGACGUCGGAGACCGUGGUGAUCUGGGGGCUGCGCCUCUGGCAGGUGGUCGGGAUCUUCGCCCUCUUCGUCCUUUCCAUCAUCAUCACGCUGUGCUGCAUCUUCAAGUGCCGGAUCCCGCGCACGCGGAAGGAGAUCGAGGCGCGCUACGCCCAGCGCCAGGCGGCCAAGGGCUACGCCGACCAGCUGGACACCGUGCCGGCCCUGGCGGAGCUCACCGACAUUCCCGGAGCCCAGGUUGGAGAAGAAAAAAAAGAGGAAGAAGUUCCCACUGUGUCCGGAAAAGUGGACAAGGCUCAGGGAAAGAAGGAUGGAUCCAAAGGCUCCAAGAAAAAGGACGGGGAGAAGGAGCAGAAGGAAGAAUCCAAGAAGGAAGGGAAGGACGGAGCCAAAAAAAAAGACGGAGAAAAGGGGGAGAAAGGGGAAAAAGGAGGAAAAGAGGAAAAAGGGGGGAAAGGAGAAAAGGGGGAAAAGGAAAAGGGGGAAAAGGGAAAGGACACCAACGACAAGAAACAAGGGAAAAAGGGGGAGAAAGAAGGCGAAGCUGGAAAAUCCGGAGGCGCCAAAACCGAUGGAAAAGCCGGUGGGAAUUCCAAAGCUCCGGCAAAGAAGAAGUGA